AAACAACAACAACCAUGGCAACAAGCACGCUGAUGAAGAGACAGUCGAAGAAAUAAUCGCCUGGAGAUCGCGUGUCCGCAUCGAGACAUCCGUCACAGAGCCGACCGAGGAUGCUGUUCGAGGACCGGGUCCUGUACCACGUGGAUGGGGGUGCAUGCUCCCCGGGGAGCUCUCUCCCCGGGGAGCGCCUGCCGAGGAGGUGGCCCCGGACUGAUCCGUCACGGAUCUGGAUCCCCUCUCGCCUGCUGCCCAACAGGAGCAGACGCGAUCAGGAUACCAAGAAGAGUGCCUUCCACAUGCUGCAGAGAUACGAGUCUCGGGACUUCGAGAACUCCUUCUCCGUCUACUCCGACUCUGACGAAGAGUACUUCCACGACUACGCCAAGAGCUCGAAAGCCAUCGCUUCAACCGGAUCUCCGGCGGGAGACGGUUCAUCUAAGAAGUCGAUGACCAACGGUUUGACCGACUCGUCCGACAGAUGCUCGUACCAGAACCUCGUCGUGGAGCUGCCCCCUCGGAGAUUGGACAGAAGUCCUCUCCCGACUUUAGAGGACAUCCUCGUCAUCAGGUCGACAGACGAGCUUUCCGACCUCGGCGUCUUCGUAGAGUCGACCCAUCCGCUUGUGGAGAACGGCGAAAUGGAUCGUGAUCGUGACUCGCCGAAACAGAAUUGUGAUCGUGGCUCGCCGGAGGGACCGGCCGUGAUCGAGGCGGAGUUCGCCUACCACAAGAAGAAAUCCGGGGACGAUCCGUCGUUCGAGAGGAAGGUCGGGUCGAAGAGGGAGAAGAGGAACAAGACCAGGGCGAAGAUCACCAUGCCGCUGGACCACUUCCACCAGGCCGUCGACUCGGACGGGAUCCCCGAGGAGGACGCGUUCUACGAGAGCGUCGUGGGGGGGAAGAAUCAUCGCGACAAUGCACGGGAGCACGUGGCCGUCGACGACGUCCGGGAGUUUCCGGAGCUGGGCUCCUUCUGGGGCGAGGGGGCGCCGCCGCCCCGUGGUGAGGAAGAAGUCGAAGUACGCGCCGAGGGAGUGACGUCGACCAGACAGAGGGGAGAGGGGGAGGAGGAAGUCGGGGGCAGGAUCCUGGUGGUGGCCGACAUCCCGGAGGACGUGGACCGAGAGAUGGUGGUGGAUUUGGUGUCCGACUACGGCCAGCUGCUGGAGAUGGAGACCUGCGGAGGGUUCUCGAAGGCGGAGUUUUGGAUACCCCCCGAUGUGGAAUUGGAUUGGCUCAUCAGCUGCUUCGAUGGUCAUCAGCCGUUCGGCGCUUAUUCGACCGUGUUGCACUGUUACGAGAAAGAGAGCUGACCUGCCGGAUGAAUCGCUCGUUUUUAACUAUGUGAAUCAUUACGAAGCAAAUAAUGUAUUUUAAUAAUUGAUUUAAUGUGAAACUGCAAAGCUUUUUAAACGUGUUUUAUCGGGCGGGGGGAAUCCAUUUUAAGAAUCGUUACUA